CGACUAUCUAUCUAGGCGAUUCGAUCUCUUUGAAACCGGCGAAUCGCAGCCCACCCCUUCCCACUCGUUCUAGUCACCUCCGUCCUGAAGAUCCUGCCUUUUCUAUUCAAGUCCGGUCUCCGUCGGCUCCAUCCAUUAACUCACUGGAUACCAGCCUCCAGAUAGACAGCAAACGCUCCCUCAGUCCGUGCUUCAAUCGCCCAAUUUCUCCCCGCCCGCCCUGGAUGUUCUCAACCACCCUCGCCAUCCAUCAUGUUGACAGUUGAAAAGCAGUGGAUUAAUGUGCAACAGAAGACCUUCACCAAAUGGCUCAAUGACAAGCUGAAGGUGCGGAAGAUCUUCAUCGAUGACCUCGUGGUCGACCUUUCCGAUGGUGUUAUCCUUAUUCAUCUACUCGAGAUCCUGGGUGGAGAGUCACUUGGUCGAUAUGCCUCGAAGCCUAAGUUGCGGGUACAGAAAUUCGAAAAUGUCAACAAGAGUCUCGAUUUCAUCAAGGGAAGGCGGAUCCCGAUGACGAACAUUGGAGCAGAGGAUGUUGUGGAUGGAAAUCGGAAGAUCAUUCUGGGCUUGAUAUGGACACUCAUUCUGCGAUUCACAAUCAGCGACAUCAACGCGGAGGGAAUGACCGCGAAGGCGGGUCUCCUUCUGUGGUGUCAACGGAAGACUGCUUGUUACGAAGGAGUAGAAGUCCGGGACUUCUCCACUAGCUGGAAUGAUGGUCUGGCCUUCUGUGCCCUUCUGGAUAUCCAUCGUCCAGACCUGAUUGACUUCGAUGCUCUGGACAAGAAGGACCACCGGGGUAACAUGAAACUCGCCUUCGACAUCGCAGCUAACGAAAUAGGCAUCCCUGACUUGCUCGAUGUCGACGAUGUUUGCGAUCAAGCAAGACCUGAUGAGAAGUCACUGAUGACAUACAUCGCUUAUUGGUUCCAUGCAUUCUCGCAGCUGGAGCGUGUCGAGAAUGCCGGACGUCGGGUGGAGAAAUUCAUCAACAACAUGCAUGGUGCAUGGGAGAUGCAGAACUCCUACGAGCGGAGAAUGAGGGAACUAUUGCGCGUUAUCAGAGUGCAACGUGAGGCAUGGAAGAACUCAUCCUUUGAAGGUACAUACAAGGACGCGAAAGAGCAAGCCCACCAGUUCUCCUUGUAUAAAAGAAACCAGAAGCGCCAGUGGGUGGCAGAAAAGUCGGAUCUCGCAGCCCUGCUCGGUAACAUCAAGACCAAACUCAGCACAUACCGAUUGCGCCCUUACCAACCGCCAAAGGAACUAAGUCUGGAGGUUUGCGAUGAGGAGUGGGAGGGCUUGACUCGUGACGAGCACGAACGUAGCCAGCUUAUUAACGAGACCAUUCGGGAUAUCAAGAAUGCCCUCCGCCGAUCGUUUGCGGACAAAGCCAACGAUUUUGCGCUAACGUUAAAGACCCUGUCUCUGGCAAUAUCUGGUCUCGAUGGUGAUGUAGAAGACCAAUUAGCACAUGUCAAGAGACUCAAUGACAACCUCCCUCCCCUCGAUGCGUUCUUAGAUACCAUUGCGGCUCUGGACGAGCAAUGUGCGGAGGCGAAUAUUGAGGAAAACGACUACACCACAUAUACUUUAGAUGAACUCUCUUACGAGUUGAGCUUGGUCAAGUCUAGCAUCUCCAAAAAGCUGGCAUUCCUUGACAAUCAACUCGUGGCUCGGAACAUGACCAACCUGACACCAAUCCAACUGGAGGAAUUUGAGUCUGUCUUCAGGCAUUUCGAUCGCGACGCUUCCAAUACCCUUCAUGAGCUUGAAUUUUCGGCAGCCCUCGCAAGUCUUGGCCUUGUAUAUGAUGAAGAGGAGAUGCAUGACGUCUAUGUGGAAACAUGUGGACCAGCCCGACUUGCGCAAAAUGCCGGUGUCAGCUUUGAGCAGUUCAUCCGUUUCAUGGUCAGCGUUACUGAGGAUCAAAACACGGCCGAGCAAGUCUACCAGAGUUUCCGCGAGGUUGCGGAUGGCAAGCCUUAUGUCACGGAGCUCGACCUUCGACACUCCCUCAUUCCCGACGAGGUAAUCGAACAUCUAGUCCAGACUAUGCCGCCACACAACGGACCGGAUCUUCAAGAAGACAGAGACCUUCCCAAGUAUGACUACAUCAGCUUCAUGGAGAAGAUGAUAGAGCAUAACAACAGCGACCCUGUGAAUGGUGGGGAUUGAUGGGCUAGUACGUUUGCAUUGCACUGCCGGAGUUUUGUUUGCUUUCUGAUUCGGUCCUCUUCCUCUUUUCAUUUGCUUGUCACCUUUCUGAAGAGUCUUGCUGGAGGUUGCUUUUGGUGUUUUCUGGAGCAAAAAGGGAGGGUUGUGUCUUCGGUGAGCUUUCGACCAUGCAUACAGGACUAUGAGCCGAGGCGUCGUUUCUCUUCCUUUUUGCAUUACAGCCAUGAGUUUCUCCUUGUCUGCGCCUCUCUUCCUGCCAUUGGGCUCUCGACGGUUCUGAGCGGGCACGCUUAGCUUCUGGGGAAGAAGUAGUUUACAUAUACACACGUUCCCAACAAAGCACUC